AUGAAUAGGAUACAUAAGAUUACUGAUCAGUGUGGUGAUAAAGUUGCUGCCGAGGGAUCCGCUCCUAGUCAAGGACCCAAUGAGAUUUUUUACCAUGAGAUUGCUCAACUCACAAAGCUUAGGUCACGGCCUCAUGAGCUUUUGAGCAAGGACAUGCCUGGCAGGUCGAGGCUGCCCGUCUCAACUAUGAAAAUGUUGUUGUCAUGUUUUAAGUCGAUAUUUGCCUGUAAAUGGUCUUGCACGGUAGAGCAGUUGGAUAGUAGGACUUAUGUUUCUCAGUUUUCAGAUGACGGUACUCUUUUCAUUGCGGGAUGUCAGGGAAGCCACAUUAGGAUAUAUAAUGUGGAUAAGGGAUGGAAAGUUAAGAAGGACAUUUUAGCCAAAAGUUUAAGAUGGACGAUCACUGAUGCAUGUCUUUCUCCCAAUCAGCACUAUCUUGUGUAUGCUAGUUUGUCACCUGUUGUCCAUAUUGUGAAUAUUGAAUCUGCUGCAACAGAGUCACUGGCAAAUGUAACGGAAAUUCAUGAUGUUUUGAAUUUUUCUGGCAAUGAUGAUGAUUAUGAUGACUUUGGGAUUUUCUCUGUAAAGUUUUCAACUGAUGGGCGAGAGCUUGUAGCUGCAAGUAGUGAUAAUUCAAUAUAUAUUUAUGAUCUUGAAGCAAAUAGUUGCAGCCUCCGAGUUCUGGCACAUAAGUCUGAUGUUAACACGGUUUGUUUUGCGGAUGAAGCUGGCCAUCUCUUAUAUUCUGGAAGUGAUGAUAACCUCUGUAAGGUGUGGGAUAGGCGAUGCUUUAUCUCAAAAGGGAAAGCAGCAAGGGUCUUGAUGGGACAUCUAGAAGGCAUUACAUUCAUAGACAGUCGUAGAGAUGGGCUUUACUUUAUUUCUAAUGGAAAGGAUCAGACUACCAAACUAUGGGAUAUACGAAAGAUGUUAAGAUUAGGUUUCACCAAUUUGAUGAUCACUUGUUGCAGCACCGGCCAGAAGUACAUCUACACUGGAUCUAGUGAUUGUUCUGUUUAUAUUUAUGAUCUGGUGAGUGGAGCCCUAGUUGCAACACUUGAUCAUCAUGAAGGUCUUGUAAGAGAUUGUAAUUGGCAUCCUUUUUACCCUAUGAUCGUCAGCUCUUCAUGGGACUGUGUCCUUGCCAGAUGGGAAUUUCCCGGCUGUGGAUAAGCACCUGCUCCAUCAAGAUGAAUGUCUACAGAGGUGGGUUCUCUAGGAAUUCGAUAACUCAAAAGUUGAUUGAUUGUUGCAUGCAUGAUUUUUGUUCUUUUCUCCAUAGCAUGUGAUCUAUUGCCUUGUGCUUGUAAGGGUCCCACACGAGGUCACUGCCAUUAAUAAAACGAAAUUAAACGUGCAGUUGGUGAAGGUAAAGAGCAUCAGUUUCUUUUUUGUUUGGUGUCAUUGAUGCGGCCUGUAUAUAAACCUAAUUGUGACAAUGAGUUCAGCAGCUUCAUAACAUUGUUUCUGGUUACAAACUGCUGGGUGCUGCAGCCACCUUUCUAUAUUUAGCUAGCUCGUUACACUCUUGCAGCCUGCACAUUCUGUAAUCAUACUUGCCCUUUUCCCCUUCAAAUAAAGUCAUAAUCAUGUAAUGUUCGUCCA